AAAUCAUUAUGAAUAAAUUGUUUUCUUAAAUAGUUUUUGUUUUCCGUGAGCGUAAGUACCACUUCCGGUUACCCGGGAAAAAUGAAAAUAGAAAGUUUCGUUGAUCAUGGCUACUAGUUCGAUUACAGGUUAAGUUUGCUAGAUAACACGAGCAGGUGCGAUCUGCUUAACAUAUAUAACUAUUCAAGGUUGUUAUUAAUUAUUGAAGCAUUAAAUGACAGGAAUAAAUAAUAUAAAUAAAAAAAGAUGGGUGGAAUGUAAUUUCGAAAUAAGAUAACAUAAAUGUUUAAUUAAUCAAUAUUUAACGCAAUCUGUGAAACACAUUUAAAAACGAAAAAAAUUUUCAUCAUUCAAUUCUGCUGACACAAAUAUGCUAAUUCAACAAAACAAUUUACAUUUCUAUUCUAUUUUAAGAAACACUCAAUCCACGCUCCAAUUGAUUCGGUCCGUAAGCAUUUGAUGUAACAACUUCCUUUUGAAAAAUAAGAUAAAUGUACAAAGCUGAUGAUUCGCAUACAAAUAACACAUCACCAGGCAAGUCGAUAUAAUAACAAUAUUGCGUAUAAUCGAAAUUCGAUAGUCGACGGAUGUGGAUCUAUUCAUUUUAUCGAUAAUUUAAAUGGAUGCCAGUCGAUCAAUUUAAAGAAACGACUUUUUCUCGACGAAACAAUCGAUUUAUUGUAAUUACUAAUCGAUAAAUGACGUUGCAUUUUACACGAAACUCGGAAAUUACCGUCAAACCCGAUUUUUUUAAUUCCUACUUAUGAAACAUUUUAAUAAACUCUCACUGCCAUUGAAUAAAAUGUUAAUAUCGUUACCUCGAUUCGAUCGUUUCUACAUUAUAUGUGGCUUCAUUUCACUUAUUUUCCAUAAUCGCCGGGAAAAAAAGCAUGAUUCAUCGAAACAUCACAUUACAUGAACGUUAUCGCAAUCUCGCGGUUCACUCGGCCGACAAAGCAGCCGUUCUCGAUUCGUUCAAUAAUUCGAAAAGCAAUAUCGAUCCAUCGUUACGUAGCGGAAAUAGAAGCAACGAACGAAGUAACAUGGAAAAGAGAAAGGGAAACGUAACAUACCAAUGAAGGAACGUAAAUGCGUGAAAAGAUGAAGAAAAUGUUCAUUUCCAUAGAAAUGAGCCGCUCGUGGAUCGUGUAUGUUCUCGUGUCCAAAAUGGCUGGUCGCUAAAAUUAGCGUCGGAAGCAACCAAAUGAUACCAGAUAGGACGUCGCCGUCGCUACCAUGCCCUGGUUCCACUCACCUUGGCGUCGAAGAAAAGUCAUAUAAAAUGGUAUCGCCCUGCUGGACGGCCGCCUUCUAGCGUGAAAAUUGAACGGGUGUUCGUGGGUGUAUCGAGACAGAUGGAUCGCCCUGUCGGGUGCACCCCAGUGUCUCGUUUUACGUCUUUCUACGAUGUCGUCCUACAAACGUCGGUCGAGAAAUCGGUUGAUCGCGUCGACGUGACACCGUGCCGAUGCUUCAGCUUCCUUGCUGAUUCUUCAGCUCGAUGACAAGUAUCCCUGUCGUCGAAUUACUAUUUUCUUCCAAAUUCUCUCGCUUUACGUGCUGUACGUAACGUUUUCAGCUUGCGACGUGCACACGAAACGUUCCGGCUUCUGAGACGGCUACUGCCUGAAUACAACUGCAUAUGCUCGAAGAAACCAGGGUCGUAAACAUGACUUGCGACUCCCUGCGAUGAUAGCGACGCCCCUAACUUUUUAGAGUGGUCUUUUUUUGCUAAAUCGUCACGUGACUCAACGAUAUCACUGACGAUGAUGCAAUGUAAUUUUUGCGAUUCGUUACAACGAUAAGAAUUUUAUUAAUACUUAUCACUGAAAUAUUAUCUUACAACUGUAAACGUGUACAAAUUUAUACAGAAUAAAAAGGCAAUUGAGAAAAAUUUGUGUUCGUUACUUUCAGUUUGUCUAAAAAAAAAACGUAGCAUAGUUGUCUUAUCUAAUCAUAGAUUUAUAGUUUAUGAUUAAAUAAAACGUUGCCAAGGUAAAAUACUGUGCAACAUAAAAAUGAAUUAACUCGAAGAUAUAUAUACAUUUUUCCUUUUACACAUUCUGGCGCAAUAUUAACAGUAAUGAUUAACACUAGUAUUGCGACAAUUGUGUAACUGGUAACCUAACCUUCCAGUCAGUGCAAUGCAAUGAUCCGAACAUAACCUUAGUGUUCAAAAGUAGUUCCACACUGUUCCACACGUGAGGUCGUGCUACAGUUCCCGUCAUAUGUAUAUAUUUCUUAUAUUAAAUAUAAAUAGCAAUAUUCAUGAUAGAAGUAUAAUUUAAAAAUGACUUCUCCAUUCACUUGUAUCACAUGCCGUGUCGCGUUUAAAGAUUUAGAAAUACAAAGGCAGCAUUAUAAAUCAGACUGGCACAGAUAUAAUCUGAAAAGAAAAGUAGCUGACAUACCUCCUGUUACUGUAGAAGAAUUUCAAAAAAGAGUGAUCGCACAGAGGGCUAAAGAUGAUCAGCAAAAAGAAGAAGGAACAACAAGCUGUAAGAUAUGCAGAAAAAAAAUGUUCAAUACAAAAAACCAAUAUGAAAAUCAUUUACUCUCAAAGAAGCACAAGGAAAAAUAUGCAAAGCAGAAUAUGUCUUCUGAAAAUGCGAAUGAAAUAGUAGAUACAGAUGCUGAUGCUAGUCUUCCACCUAAUUCUGUGAUUAACAAAGAUACAAAUGAAGAAAGUUCUAGCAGCACCAGUAAACAAUCAAUUAAAGAUAUGGAAGUAGAUUCUGAUAUUGAGUCUGUAGAUUCUGAUGAAUGGGUUGAAGACACUGAGAAUCCAGUAACAAAUAAUAAUUGCUUGUUUUGCAAUCAUCAUAGUAGAUCUUUGAUCCGGAAUCUGAGACAUAUGACCAUUGCACAUUCAUUUUUUGUGCCAGAUCCUGAGUAUUGCACUAAUAUUAAAGGAUUACUUAUAUAUCUUGGAGAAAAGAUUUUUGCAGGAUACAUGUGCAUUUGGUGUAAUGAUACAGGAAGAAACUUUCAAAGUGCUGUAGCUGCUAGAGCACACAUGAUUGACAAAGGUCAUUGUAAGAUGUUACAUGAAGGAGAUGCACUCUUAGAAUAUGCAGAAUUUUAUGAUUAUUCUUCAAGCUAUCCUGAUGCAGAAACUGCUGAUCCAAAUGCAGAAGUUGAAAUACCAGAAUUAGAUGAUAAUGAUUUCCAACUUGUGUUACCAUCAGGAAAUGUUAUUGGUCAUAGAUCUUUGCUAAGAUAUUAUAAGCAGAACUUGAAUCCAAACAGAGCACUUGCAAUCUCAAAGAGUAAAAAAUUACACAAAGUAUUAUCACAAUAUAAAGCCCUUGGAUGGACAGAAACACAGAGAGAAGUUGUUAUAAAGAAAGUCAGAGAUAUCAGAUAUAUGCAAAGGAUACAGGCCAAGUACUCUACGCAAUUGCAGUUCAAGGCAAAUAAAUUACAGAAACACUUUAGACCUCAAGUUAAUUUCUAGAUAUUAUUAUGUGUAUUAAUAUUGUUGCAAGACUGCAUUCCUUCUUAAAUCUUUAUGAGAAAUUAAUUGUUAGAUAUGCUUAUUGUAUCGCAUAUUUAUACAUUUAUUGUUCAAAUAAAAUUGUACUUAUUUAAGAAUCCACGUUUAAUAUGAUUUAAAUAUGAAAUCUGUUAGAAGGACAUAUGUUAUGAGGCUUUAGUCAUUAUAAAUUGUAAUAUUUAUUUGAUGGAUAGUUUUACAAAAUAAGUUGUAAUAUAUUUUCAUAAUAUGUGACACCAACAAAAAUAAUAUUUCUUGUAACUUUUACGUUAUACUCAUAUGGACCCAUCACCGAGUAAUUCCUGUAGCCAUAAGCUAAUUCAUCGUUUUCGAUAAAUCGUUAUACACGGGGUAAGAAACGAUCCGUGUUUCUGCGCUUUUCUGACGGCUAUAAAAAAACAUUGUACACAAUCGAAAACGUCAAAAAUUGUGUACCAUGCGUGUAUACGAUAUACUUUCAAUUUACCACCAGCAAACUGUAGAAUCUAUAUAAGAAUUAACAAAUGUCAAUGUACAACAUUUGACACAUGAUUUUUAUUUUCCAUCACAUUUCUAUUGUCGAACGAUAUACGCUGUUAUUCCCUUAUGACAUACACGAAGACAUAAUUUUUUUUUUUUUUAUCACGUUAACCAGAGCAACUGACUUCGAUAAUUCAUUUUGAAUCAACAAAUUGCAGAACAAAUGUCCAAUGAACGAAACGUUAAAUAGAUCUUCGUUCUUGCAUUUGUCGACUCGAAUGUUUUAAUAAAGAUACGUUAUUUGGAACACAGAUAAUGGGCGGUGACCGAUGUUUCGAAUUUGUAAUACUUUUUAAGAGAAACACGCGGCCCACCCUCUAUAGAUACAAGUACUUUGUAAAUGCAUCUUUAAGAGAAACAUACACAUUAGAGACCUGUUAUUGUCACACAACGAUACACAUAGUAUACACUACUCUUCAUUCGUAAAAUUCUUUUGUUUACCGAAGAUUUAUAACAUUAAAUUUCGUUUUGUUCUGUAAUUUAAUUUAAUAUUUUUACCAUCAGCUUUAGAGCUUGAUGGGGUGGAGCCGGUCUGAUCGAUUCAUCAAGAUCUGAGUACAAAAUUUCAGCCUCCACCUGAAAACCAUGUUUCAAGCAAACUUUCUGCGAAUACAUUCCCGUUGCGUCGGCCUUGAACACCUGUAAAUACAUUAAUCAUUUAAAUAAAUCGUUUAAGGAUAA